ACCAGCGGGAAUGCCCCUAGAGUUACUUGUUAUUCUGUUUGCCCGAAAGUUUACCCGAUUGUGAAAAACUGCUUAUUUUCAUCAACUGGACGUUGAACCGACAUUCUUGAGUUGUCGCUGAAUAAGUGGUCCGCCAUAUCAGGCACCUAGAUGUACUUAAACUGUCAAAAAGGCGGAGGCUGAUAUUUUGCGGCGAGAAUGAAUCUUCAUUCAUACGGAUUCCUGUCUGAUCAGAUAAAGGCCUUCCCGUAAAUAAAGACGGGCUCAAGUCUACAGUUUAAGAGAUCUAUCUGAAAAGUGUCUGAUCGAACGCACCCACACCGAAACAUUUGGUGCAGGUAGCUGCGAGAAUGCCACUUCCUUACCAGAAAGAACCAUCUUUACGAACCUAAAUGUUAUAACUCAUGGCAGCAGAUUCCGGCGGGCGGUAUGAGCACGUAGUUCUUGAACCGUACAUUCAUCAGGUUGGAGGCAGGUCGUCUAUGCUCUGUCUCGAUGAACACACACUGUGCAAACCACUCAUCCCUCAGGAGCUCACAUUCUAUGAGACACUUCCGGAUAUACUCAAGCCUUUUACUUCGCAAUACAAAGGCGUUGUGGAGGUGGCGCUGUCGGAAGAUGCAGACGGGUACCUGACCCUGACGGCCCACUCUUCGUACGAACACUUGAAGAAUGGAUGCGCAUCUAGUCAUUCCAUCAAGAGCACAGACAGCCUUGCACGCGCAUGCAAGUACAGGAUGCGAUGGCAGAAAGCUGGCAGCGUGGAGAUAGAACCAGUCCUCAAAGAAGGCGCGCAGUUGUUCGAGGACGAGGACGGCAAGCCCGACGCGCUGACGACGCACAACCCCUGGAUCGUCCGCUGUCACAACCUGCAGGUGCAGAAGUUCUUGUCAUCCUCUGGGAACCCCAAGGAGUUCAUAUUGUUGGAGAACUUGACUGCCUGUUACGCAUUUCCCUGCAUCCUGGACCUGAAAAUGGGGACGCGUCAGCACCCAGACGACGCCACUGAAGAGAAGCGCAAGAGUCUCGAGGCCAAAGUGGCUUCCACUACUUCGAGCACUUUAGGGCUCAGAGUCGCUGGAAUGCAGGUAUACCAACAGAAUUUGGGCUACUACAAGUGCCACAACCGGUACUUUGGCCGAUCCCUCAACGUAGACGGCUUCCGCCAGACGUUGUACCAUUUCCUUCACGACGGUGUUUGCUUCCGUUCCGACGUCCUUGCACCUCUUCUGGAAAAACUACGAGCGUUGUACAAGGCUGUAGAAGAAUUGGACGGGUUCCGUUUUUACACGAGCUCUCUGCUCAUCCUCUACGAGGGCCAAGUCCCCGACGGUAACUCCAACGACAAGUGCAACAGUGACUCAAGGGAAUGGAACGUACGAAGACGAACUGCUUGUGUUAAUGUACGCAUGAUUGACUUCGCUCACACAGUGUAUAGUCCAAAGAACGACGGACCAGACAACGGGUACCUGUUCGGUCUACGUAGCCUCAUGGACCAGCUGCACGUCCUGAAGGCGGACAACUGUUGAACUAUGCACGGUACAGAGUGUAAUAGGUGGCGCCACUUUUGUCAUCACCGCGUGUUGUUUCGGUAAAUACUGACUGCCACCCGAAAACUGCAAGGUCACAGUUGUAGAGAACAACUUAGAUGCUCGGGAUAUAAGGUCUGUGGAAGGUCUCUAAUCAAACCGUAAGCAAGAUCACUUUGCUUAUGUUCACACAAUAUGCUAUCGUGAGGAUAUGACAAAAUAAUAAUAAACGGGAAGAAAAUUACGUAACCUAAGAGGCUGUACUAUAUGAACAUUUGCACCCGUAAGAUCCUCCGAAGCAAACACGAAUAUUUCUUUGCAAAGGUGUUAUAACAUAUUUAUAAUAUGUCAGGACCUGUUUUCUACUCAUACAACAAUGUCUAUGAACUGCAAUGGCAACUGUGAUAUGUACCAACGCAUCAAUUUAUUGAUCGUAAUAUUGGAGAUUUUACGAAAGUGUUUUUACCUCUACUAAUUUUCCUAUUAACGCUAAAUUUUCUUUUGUGCGUAUCAUUGAUGAUACUUCGUAGCCCUUCCACAGCAAUUAUUUAGGGAAUUAUUCGGGGAAUAUUUAGGGAAUUAUUUCUCCGUACAGAAGUUAUCGCAGAAACAUCGAGUCCGUUUAUAAGCUCGCUUCCUACAAGAGGAAGAUAUUGUUGAGGGCCAUGCAAGUCGUGCAAUAUUAUCUACUCUGAAGUCUUUAGUCAUUACUAAUUACUACUAAUGCCAAAGAUAUUGUAUUGUAAGAAGAGUGCAUCGGCAAAUACAAGUCACCAGUAUCAGCUGUAAGAGCUGCAUCAGUCGGCAGUGUCAGGUGAAACUGUGUGGCCUUCAUAUAUACUACCUGCGACACUGACAAAACUAUGGUUGUAUGUUGCGAUAUAUAGAUAUAGACACAUGGUAGGUUUUAAUGUUCUGCAUUAAGCGACGGUGAUAGAGGUGUCUUGUAUGCAACUGGAAAGUAAAGGUUGUGUUUUUGUGGA